GGUAAGUUCGGAGAGGUAUGCUGAUCUGGGACUUUGGUCUGGGGUUGUCUCCGCCUUGGGAGGGUUUGCCUGAAGCAAUCGUCCUCCUUGGUAUUGUUCUUGUCUUCUUUAUACUGGUCACCUAAGCCUCCUGUAGAUAAAGGGGCCUGAACAGUCUCUUCUGUCCUUUGCUUUCGUUUUUCCCCAUUUGCUGUAAGACGGACGUAGAUAAGCCACGGUCAUCUGUACCAUUGGUAACGGUGGUGAUUAGUCAGACGUAGAUAAGCUGCAGCCACCAUGGGGUCCUCUCAAUCCAUAUUAACUACCUUGGAGACUGUAUUAAAGCAGAGGAAUAUCAAGGUUGACAGAAAGACGUUACGGAGCUUUGUCAAGGAGGUCGAUCGUGUGGCACCCUGGUAUGCCCUUUCUGGCUCUCUCACCCUGGCAUCAUGGAAUAAGUUGGGGAGGGAUCUUGAUCGACACCUAGAGCAAAGAGACCUAAGGAUAGGGACCAAGGCAGUAUGGAAACUAGUGAAGAACUGUAUUGAGGAUGAAGCUUGCCAGGCGGCCGUUGUAGAGGGUCAGGCCAUUCUCGAGGUAACCCAGGAUAGCAUGUCAGAAACCGAACGUAGUGAGAGGUCAGGCGCGCGCGAGAAAACGGAGGUAUACAAAAGAAAAACUAAGAAAAAGAGCCCUCCUGUUUUAGGAGAGAACAUUAUAGCAAAACCAGAUGCCCUUCCUGGCCUUUCCACUAAAGGGACAGGUCAAAUGUAUCCUUUUAAAGAACUGGAGGCGCUGAACCUCGGCAGCUCCGCCAGUUCUGAGUCUUCUGAUUCCGAACAAGACUCUCUAGGCCCUGGAGAUGAGACAGAACUAGAAGAAGAGGCUACAAAGUACGAGGCGGAGAGAUAUCACCCGGAUGGGGAGUUUUUCUCUAAACUGCUACCCAAGGGCAAGGCCUCAGCAAAAGCGAUAGCAACUCCAUCUGCUCCGCCUAUGCCGCUCUCUCCCCCCCCUUAUGAAGGGCGUUUACAUAGUUUCUCCUUUUUACCUGAAAAAAUUAGAAGAAAGGUCCAUCUCACCUUCCCCGUUUUCGAAGUAGAGAAUGGAGGGCGGGUACAUACUCCGGUUGAGUAUAAACAGAUAAAAGAAUUGGCAGAAUCGGUUCGUAAUUAUGGACCUAAUGCCAACUUUACUAUUAUGCAGAUAGAAAGGCUUGCCUUGGAUCCUCUAACUCCUGCCGAUUGGCAGAUGGUGGUGAAGGCAGUAUUACCAAAUAUGGGGCAAUAUAUGGAAUGGAGAGCAUUAUGGCAUGAGGCUGCCCAGUCACAGGCGAGGGCUAACGCCAUAGCACUCACCCCAGAGCAGAGAGAAUGGAAUUUCGAUCUGCUUACAGGACAAGGAGUCUAUGCUGUGAACCAAAUUAAUUACCCUUGGGGCGCAUAUGCUCAAAUAGCCACCCUGGUAAUUAGGGCAUGGAAGUCACUUACGCAGAAAGGGAAGGCAGGUGGACAACUUACCAAGAUUAUACAACAACCUCAGGAGCCGUUUUCUGAUUUUGUGGCAAGGAUGACGGAAGCGGCAGGAAGAAUUUUUGGAGAUACAGAGCAGGUUAAGCCGUUGAUAGAACAGCUCAUCUUUGAGCAGGCUACACAAGAAUGUAAAACAGCAAUUGCCCCUAGGAAAGGAAAAGGUUUGGAUGAUUGGCUCAGGGGGCUGACAAAAGCCUGGAGUGCCUGGGGCAAACCCCGCUGUCUUAAAACCGACAACGGGCCUGCCUAUACUUCACAAAAAUUUAAACAAUUUUGUGCACAAAUGCAAGUUACUCAUAUUACUGGAUUGCCCUAUAAUCCUCAAGGUCAGGGCAUCAUUGAGAGAGCACAUCGGACACUUAAAUCAUAUUUAUUAAAGCAAAAAGGGGGAGCAAUAAUGGAGCUACCCCCUGGACCGAGAGUGGCCAUAGCCAUGUCACUCUUUACCCUGAAUUUUUUGAACUUGGAUGAUUCAGGGAUGAGUGCGGCUGAGCGACAUUGCACAGAACCUAAAAGGCCCAAGGAAUGGGUGAAUGGAAAGAUGUGCUAACUAAUCAAUGGAAAGGCCCGGAUCCUAUCCUGA